CGGAGCUCUUUCCAAUGUAGUUCCACGCUGUGUCUGCCUCUAUCCGCGUCCAUGAGGUGUUCGUGGACCUUGACUUGACUAUAGGCAUUUCUUUCAAUAAUGUAUUCAUCUCUGCUGCAGCACACCGACCCCUGCCAAGCUAAAAUAACUACGAAACAACUCCUUCAGCUCAAGCGUUCACCGUACAAGCGUUCUCUGUAGUACAAUUAAUGGGUGACAGGACAUCCAUUGAAGCCCCCUCCUCAAGAACUUGGAAGUACCAAGUGUUUUUGAGCUUUAGAGGUGAAGACACACGCAAGGGCUUCACAGGCCACCUCCACGCCGCGUUAUCUGAUGCCGGGAUCCGCGCCUUUCUUGACGACAACGAGCUAGAAAGAGCGGAAUUUAUAAAAACCCAACUGGAGCAGGCAAUCCACGGGUCCAUGAUCUCGAUAAUUGUCUUCUCAAAGCGGUAUGCCGAUUCCAGUUGGUGUCUUGAUGAGCUGGUGAAGAUCAUGGAGUGUAGAGAAAGAUUGGGGCAAAAGGUUAUUCCAUUGUUCUAUAAUGUUGAUGCUUCAGAUGUCCGGAAACAAACUGGUAGGUUUGAGCAGGCAUUUAAGAAACAUAAAGCGGACAUCUGUGAAGGUAAACAUGAGAAAGAAAAGGUACAGCGGUGGAGAAAUGCUCUCACUCAAGCUGCAGAUUUGUGUGGGGAAGAUCUUAAAAAUGCUGACAAUGGGCAUGAAGCAAAGUUUAUCAAGAAAAUUCUUGGGGAGGUUAAUAAGCAGUUGUACAGCAAAUACCAAUUAGACAUCGAACACCUUGUUGGAAUUACUUCUCGGCUGAACGAUGUUGUUCGCAUGAUUGAUAUUGAAAAUUCAGGUUCUAAGGAUGUUGUUCGCAUGAUUGGUAUUUGGGGGAUGGGCGGCAUUGGCAAAACAACGCUUGCCAAAGCCAUUUAUAACAAAUUUGAAGGUAGCUUUGAAGGUAGAAGUUUCCUUGCAAACGUCAGGGAAGUAUUUGCACACCAACCCAUUACUGGUCUGGUUGGUUUACAAGAACAACUUCUAAAUGAUAUCUUGAAAAGCCAGGGCAUAAAGGUUGGCUCUGUUGCUAAAGGGAUCGAUAUGAUAAGAGAAAGACUUUGCUGUAAAAGAGCACUUGUCAUAAUUGACGAUGCAGAUGAUCUACAACAACUAAAAGCAAUAGCUAGAGCUCGUGAUUGGUUUGGUCCUGGAAGUAGAAUUGUUAUAACAACAAGAAAUCAACAUUUGCUAGAGCAAGUUGGAGUGGAUGCCAUAUAUAUGGCUCAAGAAAUGGAUGAAAAAGAAGCUCUAGAGCUCUUUGGUUGGCAUGCCUUUGAAAGUGGUUAUCCUAAUCAAGAAUAUCUUGACCUCUCAAAACGUGUAAUUCGUUACUGUCAAGGCUUGCCUCUAGCACUUGAAGUUGUAGGGUCUUUUCUGAUUAAAAGACGCACAGCGGAGUGGGAAAGCCAUUUGGAGAAAUUGGAAAGAAGUCCUGAUGGAGAUAUUCAAAAAAUACUCAGAAUAAGCUUUGACGGGCUACCUGAUCAGGAAAAGAAAGAGAUAUUCCUUGAUAUAUCUUGUUUCUUUAUAGGAAUGGACAAGGACUAUGUAGCACAAAUAUUAAAGGGAUGUGGCUUUGCUCAACCGAUAGGAAUCAGUGUCCUCAUUGAACGGUGCCUUGUAACUGUUAGUGAGGAAAACAAGCUGAUGAUGCAUGAUUUGCUUCGAGACAUGGGAAGAGAGAUUAUUUAUGAAAAUGCCCAGGGUCACCGUGAAAAAUUUAGUAGAUUGUGGAAACAUGAAGACAUAACAGAUGUAUUGAGCGAUGAAUCUGGAACUAAAAAAAUUGAAGGAGUUGCUCUAGAUUUGGAUCUAGAUUUGACUAGAUUCAGUGCACAAGCAUUUACCAACAUGAAAAAACUGAGGUUACUCCACCUCAGCGGAGUAGAGCUCACUGGAGAGUACAAAGAUUUUCCCAAAAAGUUAAUAUGGUUGUGCUGGCAUUAUUUUCCUUUAGAGUCCAUACCAGAUGACUUUCCUAUGCAACCAAAACUAGUUGCUUUAGACCUGCAGCAUAGCAAACUCAAAAUAGUUUGGAAGGAUUGCAAGGUGCAUGAGAAUUUGAAAAUCCUUAAUCUCAGUUAUUGCAUUGAGCUAACAAAAUCACCAGACUUUUCAAAACUCCCAAAUCUCGAGGAAUUGAUAUUGCAAUCCUGUUGGAGUUUGUCUGAGGUUCACUCAUCCAUCGGGGAUCUUGGAAGACUUUCUUUGGUAAAUCUUGAAGACUGCUACAUGCUAAAGGAUCUCCCACUGAAUUUCGGUAAAUCCAAGUCUAUUGAAACUCUUCUACUUAAUGGUUGUUCAAGUUUUGAAAAGUUGGCUGAGGGCUUAGGGGACAUGGUAUCAUUGACAACUCUGAAAGCGGAUGAGACAGCCAUAAGACAAAUACCAUCUUCCAUAUUAAAAUUGAAGAAACUGAAAGUUUUAUCUUUAUGUGAUGUGAAAGGGUCGCCAUCAACAAAUCUUUUGCCUCCUUUGUUGCAAAGUUUAAGCUCUUUAAGGGAAUUAGCUCUUGCAAACUGGAGUUUAACUGAUGAUGCAUUCCCCAAGGAUCUCGGUAGCCUAAUAUCCUUAGAAAAUUUAGAUCUUGCAGGAAAUGAUUUUUGCAGCCUAACAAGCCUCAGUCGUCUUUCACAGCUUCAAGAUUUGUCUUUAGAUCAGUGCAAAAAUCUUCGUGUAAUCACAGAUUUACCAACGAAUUUGAAAGUGUUACGAGCAGGUGGCUGCAUUGCAUUGGAAAAAAUGCCAGAUUUUUCAGAAAUGUCAAAUAUAAGAGAAUUGUAUCUAGGUGAUUCGGGCAAACUCACUGAGAUUCCAGGCCUAGAUAAGUCAUUAAACUCCAUGACAAUAAUUCAUAUUGGAAACUGCACUAAUUUGACUCCCGAUUUUAGGAAGAACAUCCUACAGGGAUGGACUUCUUGCGGAUAUGGUGGCAUUUUUCUCAGUGGAAAUGAUAUUCCUGAUUGGUUCGACUAUGUCCAUGACGAUGAUAUUGUGUAUUUCACUGUGCCUCAAAGUGUUGGUCGUAUUUUGAAAGGAUUAACUUUGUCCUUCGUUCUCUCUUCAGUCUCAUUCUACGGUUAUCGUAUUAGCAUUAAAAACAUGACCAACGGUACUGAGCUUGACGCCAGAAUCAUACCCGAUUUUCGAACUCAAAUGACGAGUUCAAAUGACGAGCUCAAAGGUUAUUAUCUUUGGCAGGGACUGUUAUCAAAUGACGAGCUCAAAUUGCAAGACGGUGAUAAAGUCUUGAUUGAAAUAAUACCUGAAUAUAAAUGGGUGAAGGUGAAGAAAACAGGUGUUAGUCUGGUAUGGGACAAAUUUAUGAACGAAAAUAUGAUUGAUUACCACCUUUGUGCGUAUGAACGACGCCCAUAUCAAAAUCUGGUCAACAAUGAUGACAUCAUUCAUGUCGAAGAUGAUAAUCACAUAAGAAAAUCACCAGACUUUUCAAAAUUCCCAAAUCUCGAGAAGUUGAUAUUGAAAGGUCGUGAGUACUUGUAUAAGGUUCACUCAUCCAUCGGGGAUCUUGGAAGACUUUCUUUGGUAAAUCUUGAAGGCUGCACCGAUCUAGAGGAUCUCCCACUGAAUUUCUAUAAAUCCAAGUCUAUUGAAACUCUUCUACUGAAUGGUUGUUCAAGAUUUCAAAACUUGGCCGAUGGCGUAGGGGACAUGGUAUCAUUGACAAUUUUGGAAGCAGAUAAGACAGGCAUCAGACAAAUUCCAUCUUCCAUAGUAAAAUUGAAGAAGUUGAGAAUUUUAUCUCUAUCUGGCUGCUGGUUAACUGAGGAUGCAAUCCCUAAGGAUCUAUGUAGCCUAAUUUCCUUAGAAGAUCUGCUUCUUGGAGACAAUGUCUUUUGUAGCCUACCAAGUCUCGCUGGUCUUUCAAAGCUCAAAGUCUUGUGUGUAAAUGCAUGCAAAAACCUUCGUGCAAUCCCAGAUUUACCGACCAAUUUGUAUGUUCUGAAAGCAAAUGAGUGCCCAGAAUUGGAAACAAUUCCAGAUUUUUCAAAAAUGUGGAAUAUGAGAGAAUUGUAUCUAAGUGAUUCGUUCAAACUCACUGAGGUUCCAGGCUUGGAUAAGUCAUUAAACUCCAUGAAAAGGAUUCAUAUGGAAGGCUGCACCAAUCUGACUGCCGAUUUUAGGGACAACAUCCUACAGGGAUGGACUUCUUGCGGAUAUGGUGGCAUUUUUCUCAGUGGAAAUGAUAUUCCUGAUUGGUUCGACUGUGUCCAUGACGAUGAUAUUGUGUAUUUCACUGUGCCUCAAAGUGAUGGUCGUAAUUUGAAAGGGUUAACUUUGUCCUUCGGUUUCUCUUCCUCUUCAGAACGGUACGGUCUUGGUUUUCACAUUAGCAUUAAAAACAUGACCAAGGGUAUUGAGCUUGAAGCCAGGAUCAUACCCGUUUCCAAUUAUCAGGGUUAUUAUCUUUGGCAGGGACAGUUAUCAAAUGACGAGCUCAAAUUGCAAGACGGUGAUAAAGUCUUGAUUGAAAUAAUAGUGGACAAAUGGGUGAAGGUGAAGAAAACAGGUGUUAAUUUGGUAUGGGACAAAUUUAUGAACGAAAAUAUGAUUGAUUACCAUCUUUGUGCGUAUGAACGACGCUCAUCUCAAAAUCUGGUCAAUGAUGAUGACAUCAUUCAUGUCGAAUAUGAUUAUGACAUAAGAAAAUCACCGGACUUCUCAAAAUUCCCAAAUCUGAAGAAGUUGAUAUUGAAAGAUUGUCCGCACUUGUCUAAGGUUCACUCAUCUAUCGGAGAUCUUGGAAGACUUUCUUUGGUAAAUCUUCAAGGCUGCUACAUGCUAAAGGAUCUCCCACUGAAUCUCUAUAAAUCCAAGUCUAUUGAAACUCUUAUACUGAAUGGUUGUUCAAGUUUUCAUAACUUGGCUGAUGGCUUAGGGGACAUGGUAUCAUUGACAAUUUUGGAAGCAGAUGACACAUGGAUCAGACAAAUUCCAUCUUCCAUAGUAAAAUUGAAGAAGUUGAGAAUUUUAUCUCUAUCUGGCUGCAGGUUGUCAACUGAGGAUGAUUUCCCUAAGGAUCUAUGUAGCCUAAUUUCCUUAGAAGAUCUGCUUCUUGGAGGCAAUGAUUUUCGUAGCCUGCCAAGCCUCGCUGGUCUUUCGAAGCUCAAGGUCUUGUGUUUAACUGCAUGCAGAAAACUUCUUGCAAUCCCUGAUUUACCAACGAAUUUGUAUGUUCUGGAAGCAAUUUACUGCCCAGAAUUGGAAACAAUUCCAGAUUUUUCAAAAAUGAGGAAUAUGAGAGAAUUGUAUCUAAGUGAUUCGUUCAAACUCACUGAGGUUCCAGGCUUGGAUAAGUCAUUAAACUCCAUGACAAGGAUUCAUAUGGAAGGCUGCACCAAUCUCACUGCGGAUUUUAGGAACAACAUCCUACAGAGAUGGACUUCUUGCGGAUUUGGUGGAAUUUAUUUGAAUGGAAUUUAUGAUAUUCCUGAGUGGUUCGAGUUGGACGAUGAUGUGGACAAUAUCGUCUUCUUUGAAGUUCCUCAAAUAAUCAUGGGUUGUGAUUUAAAAGGGUUGACUAUAUGCUUCGUUUACUCUUCAGACAGGCCAAAACUUGUAGAUUCUGAAGGUCCUAUUGGCAUUAUCGUUAGAAAUCUUACCAAACAAACUGCAUUGCACACCAAGAUAGCAUUUGCCUCCUUAAAAAAUUACAGUGAACAUGAAGACCAUUUGCGUAGGUGGAGACCUGAGGACCAUUAUCUUUGUCCUGGACAAUUGUCGAAGGAACCAGAAGACCAUUAUCUUUGGCAGGGACAAUUGUCAAACGAUGUGCUCUGUUUGCAAGGCGGGGACCGAGUCUCCAUUCUUGUAAGGCCUCAUGAUGUUGAUUUUGUGAGAGUGAAGAAGACAGGGGUUCAUCUAGAAUGGGACAAAGUCAUGAAGGAAAAUAUGGAUAAUCCGGAUCCUCAUUUGUAUGAUUUGGAAACAAAUGGGGAUUUUUCAGGGGGAGUUGAUGACUCCAUUUCAAGAAACAGAGAGAACAAGGGAAGAAAAUCAAAGAGGAGGAGGAUAGGAUCGUUUGAUUAUGUUUAAACCACUGAGGGCGCUGAUACCAACAUAUUCAGAGAAGUAUGAGGAAGAGACCUGAAGAAGAAGGAAAGAAAGAGAGAGAAAUAGAGAGAAAUUGCAAUUUUGAUUUCUGUAUUUCUUAGUCUUUUAAGCUAUGGCACUAUUACACUGUAUACAGCUGUCUAACUGAUUCACAUUACACUAGUGUCUUCAGAUUGUUGUAACCGACUGUGCCGAUAUUCUACGAUGUGGAGGCUAGAGAUGUGAGGAAUCAGACUGCUUUGCACACCCGGAUGGCAUUUGGCAGGGACAAUUGUCAGACGAUGUGCUCCGUUUGGAAGGCGGUGACCACGUAUCGAUUCUUGUAAGGCCUCGUGAUGUUGAUUUUGUGAGAGCGAAGAAGACAGGGUUCAUCUAGAAUGGGACAAAGUCAUGAAGGAAAAUAUGGAUAAUCUGGAUUCUUAUUUGUAUGAUUUGGAAACAAAUCGGGAUUUUUUAGGGGGAGUUGAUGAUGCAUUUUUCAGGGGCAGUGUUAUACACGAACAAUUAGCAGUGGAACCAUAUCUGGAUUUUUUUGGGGAACUGAUAAUAAGGCAGGACGAAGCCAUGACGCACGGCCGGAUGAUGGAGCAGGACGGAGCCAUGACACAUUUGUUCGGACUAAUCAAUCGAGUGUUGUGGAUGAACAAUUAGCAUUGGAGUUGAUGAGUCCAUUUCAAGAAAUUGUUGUCACCAAGACGAAUGGUAACCAUACUGAGCAAGCCAACAAUGCUGAUGGAGGAAAAAGAACCCAUGAUGAAGCAGAGAGAAAACCCUAGAAUUGAAAUUGAGAGAAAGAAACAGAGAGAAGCAUUGAGGGCGCUGAUACCAUGUUAACCAACAUCUUCAGAGAAGUAUGACGAAGAUACCUGAAGAAGAAGGAAAGGGAAACAGAGAGAAAUUGCAAUCUUGAUUUCUUUGGACAUUUGUCAAACGAUGUGCUUCUUUUUGUUUGUUUGUUUUUUCCUAUUAAUUGCUAGUACUAAGGAUGUUUAAGUCCUUUACUUUCAAAAAAAUAAAAAUAAAUAAAAGAACUUAAUUUUAUAUA